AUGUCCAAACUCUUUCUGCGAAAGAAACCGCCCCAGUUGGCGCCUCUUGAAGAGCUCCAGCAGACCUACGACGACUGCUGCAACCUCAGCAUCAAGUACAUCACGUUGGAGGAGCAGUUCCGCGUGGAGGACGCUCUUAAGGGCUGGAAAAGCCUCCACACAUCGCUCCUCUUUAAGAUCGAGAUGUUCGAGAAACAGGCGUACAAGUUCAACAAUGACGAAUUGACCAUUCUCCUGGAGUUGAAGGGAAUUCGUGAUGAGAACAUUCGCCACUUGAUCCGGGUCCAGAUGCGUGUGGACGAGGUCAACAGAAAGAAGCAGGCAGCAGCUCAGUCCGCUGCCGUGGCUGCUCCAACUCCUCCUUCCAGGCCAGGGGUGACCAAGUCGCCACUGUCGUCGAUGACGAUCCCGUCGCUCCGAAGCUCGGCCCAACGACUGUCGUUGAGUUCCACCAAUUCGAGAUCCAUGCUCAAGUCGUUGAGACCGUCUGCACCACCCACGUUAUCGAAGAAAAAGAGCCACCAGGCGUCCCAGGCGGCCAACUUCUCGUGGCAGAAGCCAGUUGCACCCAAGAAGGCCGCUACUACCGCAGUCAAAUCGGGAAAAUCGUCCGAAAGCGUUUUCGACGACUUUGACCAGGAUUCAUUCGAGUUUGGCGACAACUGGGAGAAGGUCAACGGCUCCAGGACGUCUUCGGGCCUCUCGACGUCGUCCAACGGUGACUUCGAGCCCAACUUGAUAGACUUGGAGGAAAGCCCUGGUCCCACCAUCAACCAUGUCUACGAGCCUUCGUACGAACAAGACGACUUUUUGGUGGACUACUUUGCCAGCGACCACGAAGAAGCCCCUCACCAUGCAUUGCAGGAUUUGUCCCUCAAGAAGGCACCUCCUCCCCCUCCUCCUCCAAGAAUCAGAGUUAACCAUCAUAGCACUGGCAAUAUCGCCAAACCCUCCACCACCACGUCUCAGCCCAAGUUAACCAGCACUCAUAUUUCCAAGAGCGCCACAGACGUAUCGCAGACGAAUUCCCCAAGCCUUGCCCCUUCAAGAGAGCCAGACAAUGGACCAAGUCCCGCCACAACCACGGCACGCUACGUAUACAACAAGCCCAAGCCCAUGAACAUUAGUGCGUUGAUGAAAAACACCUCCAAGCCUCGUCCCAAGCCAGCAGUGCACAAAGAACCCACAAAGACGAGCCAGAAGGCCCCAGUCAAGGCCAAGCCCGCAGCCAAGCCUGCAGCCAGCAUCAAACCCAAACCCAGUAGUAACAUCUCAUACAAUUACGUGAAAGCACCGGCCAAAAAUGUUUCUCCCACCAGAAAGGCAGUGAAGCCUGCUACGAAGAAGACGAGCCCACGACCAGAGUCCACGUCGCCAGCACCAGCUACGUCGCCAGAAGCCCUGGAACCGAAAGAGCUCACCCUCGAGGAAGAAGAGGAUCUUUUUAUCAGCAACGUCAAGGGCGUGGACCCCUUGGCUGCGAAGCAGAUCUUGAACGAUAUCGUGGUGAAAGGAGACGAGGUAUACUGGGACGAUAUCGUGGGGUUGGAAGGCGCCAAAAAUUCGCUAAAGGAAGCAGUGGUGUAUCCUUUCUUGAGACCAGACUUGUUUCGUGGCCUCAGAGAGCCCACGCGAGGAAUGCUCUUGUUUGGGCCUCCGGGAACGGGAAAAACUAUGUUGGCCAGAGCCGUCGCUACCGAGUCCAAGUCUACAUUUUUCUCGAUUAGCGCAUCGUCAUUGACCUCCAAAUACUUGGGAGAAUCCGAGAAGUUGGUGAGGGCAUUGUUCAUAUUGGCACGCAAGUUGGCACCCUCCAUUGUGUUCGUGGACGAAAUCGACUCACUUUUGAGUUCUAGAACCGAGGGAGAGGUGGAGAGCACGAGAAGAAUCAAGAAUGAGUUUUUGGUGCAAUGGUCCGAGUUGUCGAGCGCCGCAGCUGGACGCGAGUCGGAAGAUGUGUCCAGGGUGUUGAUUCUUGGGGCGACCAAUUUGCCGUGGUCCAUUGACGAAGCAGCACGAAGACGAUUUGUCAGAAGACAGUAUAUCCCGUUACCAGAGGGGGACACCCGAAAGAGCCAGAUUAAGAAGUUGUUGCAGUACCAAAACAACGAAUUAACGGAGGAAGACUACGACGAGUUGAUGCGGUUGACCGAGGGCUUCAGUGGCUCGGACAUCACCGCAUUGGCUAAGGACUCGGCCAUGGGGCCCUUGAGAUCGUUGGGCGACAAGUUGUUGCUGACGGCCACGGAAAAUAUCCGACUGAUCAACUUGGACGACUUCAAAAAUAGCUUGAAGUAUAUUCGGCCCAGUGUGUCCAGCGAAGGACUCGAACAAUAUGAGCAGUGGGCACUUAAAUUUGGAAGUUCGGGAGCAUGA